AUGGAUUCGCGAGGUAGAUUUAUGGUGAAAAUGUGUCAAAAGGAAGAAGAUUCAUCUGAGGACAAAUAUAAGACAAUCAAACAACAGGACCAAAGUACCAUUAUUGUCAGCCCACAAAAACAUAAUGUUAUAACAUGCCAGAAAUUACCAUCCGAAAUGAACAAAAAUGUUUGCAACGACAUAAAUUUUGCUGUUGAUAUUACGAUAGAAAAAAUGCCCGAUGGGCUGUUGGUUACUGAUGUUCCUAAGCUUCCUGAGCAUGACGUAUUUAAGAUAAUUACAUGCGAAUCGGCUCCAGCAUCAAUAAUGGCUAGCGAAAUGAUUACUAAUAACAUUAACCCACCCCAAUCAGCACCUAUGCCUGUAAAUAUCAGUCCCAUGUCUUUGUGUAGCAGUAAUAUUAAUUUAAAUGAAGAUGACAACAUAAUAUUAUACAACUAUAAAGAUGUCAGUUCGCCUAUCAGAGGGUCAAGUCCAAUUUCGGGUAUCGAACCAAUGCCACCUUCGACAGAUGAAGAACCUUUUUCUGAUUCUGGAUCUUCAUGGAUUCCGGACACAGAAGAAGAAAAUAAAAUAAAAAGGAAAAGUAGUUCUUUAAUAAACAUCAAUAUUUCAGUGGCUAAGAAGAAAAAAAGAGUUAAGAGAUUUGAACGAAUAAACCCCAUUUUGUCGAGUGACUCUGAAGAUGAAACAGGUAAUAUUACAACAACUCGCGCUAUUAUUGAAACUUCUAUUGACCAAGUCUCACAAGUUAACCGUGAUAGAAGGAUCAUGGAACACAAUAUCACAAUCGCUGAGACAACAGAUUCAGAAAAAGUAACAGGAAAUAAGGAAAAAGAAAUCUACAGAUGGAAAAAUACUAAUCAAACAAACUGGAAAAGAAAUAAAGAGUUGGAGAAGAAACGAAAAUGUUUGCCAUAUAAGAGUAAAACUGGAAAGUUUCUUGCAGCUAAACUACCUAAAAGUCCUAAAUGCAGCCAAAAUUGUCGCCAGAAAUGCACAGAAAAGUUUACACAAAACGAGCGUGAGAAACUUUGCAAAUCCUAUUGGUCUAUACAAGAUUUUAAGCUGCAAAAAGAGUUUUUGCUUAAGCGCAUCAUCAUUAAGCCAGUGCAGACUAUAAGAAAAUCUGUACCGAUCGAAAAACAAAGAAGUUCUAGCAGAGAAUACGGUUUCUAUAAAAAUAAGACUGUAUUUGAACGAGUAUGCAAGAACUAUUUUAUGUCCACUCUUUGCAUUUCUACUGGUCCAAUCGAAACUGCAGUAAAACAUGUGGAUGAUCAUGGUGUAUUUACAAAAAUGGAUAAUCGUGGCAGACAAGCGCCUGCAAACAAAACUCCUGGAGAACAGAUACAAGAGGUAAAAAAUCACAUUGAAAGUUUUCCUGUAAUUGAUUCCCAUUACUGUAGAAAAAAAACAACCAGGAAAUACUUAGAACCUACCUUGUCAAUAUCAAAAAUGUAUGAUUUGUAUUUGCAGAAAAUGAAAGAAAGCAAUAAAGUGACAGUAAAAUUAAACAUUUAUAAGAAAGUGUUUGGUACAGAAUACAAUUUAGCGUUCUAUCACCCCAAGAAGGAUCAAUGUAGCAUUUGUAACAAUUACAAAAAAGAUAAAACUAAUAUAAAUAUUCAAAAUGAGUAUACUCAACAUAUAGAGCGAAAAGAGGCAUCUUAUAGAUCUAAAGAGCUGGAUAAAAAGAAGUCGGGAGAAGAUAAAUCAUAUUUGUGUGUCACCAUGGACUUGCAAAGUUUACUGCAGAUUCCAUCGACUGCAGAUAGUCUAAUGUAUUAUUCCAGAAAAUUAAAUUUAUAUAAUUUAUCUAUUUAUGAGUUUAAACCUCCACAGAACGAUGCUCACUGUAUGAUCUGGACGGAAAUAAACGGCAAAAGAGGCAGUGUUGAAAUAGCAUCUGCUAUUCAUUUAUGGAUUAAGAAUCUCCCAGAGGUUUUAACGCACGUCACCAUUUAUUCCGACACGUGCUCGGGACAAAAUCGAAAUCAGUACAUAGCAGCAUUUUUAUUGUACUUAGUACAUACGCAUGAGACAAUCAAAGUAUUAGAACAGAAGUAUCUAGAAAGUGAUCAUAGUUUUAUGGAAGUAGAUUCAAUGCAUAGUGCCAUAGAAAAAGAAAAAAUGUACACAGACACGUAUUCUAUAAUAGAUUGGAAAGGAAUUAUGCUACGGGCACGAUCAAAAAGACAAAAUAAAAAUGUAACUCCAUAUAAUGUAACUGAAUUAUCAUAUCAAGACAUGAUUGAUGUAAAAGCACUUGCUUCGAAAAUAAUUAAAAACAAAACUAUAGCGGAGAAUGGGGAGAAAGUGUGCUGGUUGAAAAUAAAAUGUCUUAGAUUUGAAAAAGAAUUACCUGGUUUUAUUAAAUACAGAUACGAUUACGAUGGGCCAUAUAACUUACUAAAUACUCUUUGUAAACCAGGGAGACCGACUAGGAGAACUCCAAACUCUGAAAUGCCAACUAUAAAUACUGAAGAUCUUCCCCGGGCAUAUAAACAAUGUCUUCCUAUAACAAAACAAAAAAAGAAAGACCUUUUACAGCUCUGUAAGAAAAAUAUAAUUCCUAAAGAGCUUCACGGCUGGUACGAAAGUUUACCAUGUUCAUACGAAGACCAGGGUCCAUCACGCUCCACUGAUUCAUCUGAAGUCGAUGAGUAA